AUGCCUCAAGAGCCUCCGUCUUUGGAAAGCCUGCGCAAGAAGCUCUUCAAUGCAGCGAAAUCGGGCGACGCGUCGGUGAUAAUCACCUCGAAGGGACAGGAUCGGAGCGCAUUGCUUCAUCCAGCGUCCUCGGACACCGUCCUGCACGUCGCCGCUCGUUACGGGCACCUUGACGUCAUAAGAGCUCUUUUGGAAAAUUUGAAUUUGGAUUAUCUUCUGACUGCCGUCAAUCAGGAUGGAAAAUGUGCUCUCCACGAAGCCGCACAGAACAAACACGUUCCGGUGGCUCGGUAUCUCAUACAGAAGGGUACAGCGGUCGACGUUCUGAAAAGAGCUGAUUGGACCCCCCUCAUGCUCGCCUGUACCCGAGAUCGCAACACAGAAAUGUUGAAUCUUCUCCUGGGUGAGGGAGCUCAGCCAUGCCUGCGGAACAAAGACGGCUGGACCGCGCUCCACAUUGCCGCGAGGUGA